UUGUGGUAGUAGCAGGGGCGGACUGACCAUAUGGAAACUCGGGCACUGCCUGAGGGCCCGAGGUCAGUAGGGGGCCCCAUGAGAUGCCCUUGCUACCUUUUGCAUAGGCUUUUUUUGAGUUUGGGCAAGGACACAGGGGCCCCAUGAUCCCCUAUUUCCCGGGGACCCCAUGAGUUGUCAGUCCACCCCUGGGUAUGCCUCCUCAUCAGUGCCUCCUCAUCAGUGCCGCCUAUCAGUGCCGCCUAUCAGUGCCGCCUCAUCAGUGUCUCCUCAUCAGUGCC